CGUCAGAGCUAGCUUGCUCCGUUUGCUCUGGUUCGCUCAGCCCAGCUGUCCCAGCACCGCCGUUUUUUGUGUGCAGAUAAGAAAUUUUACAAUAACCUCACACCCCGUGAAUUUCGCGUUUGUCCAAUAAUCCAGCCCAGCCAGCCACGAACUAGGAACAGAAACUCGUAAGGAUGGCAGCAGCCGCAUCGAAGACGCUAUCAGGAAUAUGAAGUUGCUUUUGGUGUACUUUCUGGUCACUGCAGUUUUAAUCAUUUCUUACGCAUCGUUGAGAGCCAGUGCAACUUGUGACGAUCUAAAUACUAACGAUGGGCCAAAAAGUGUAUGCUACACAAGCACAAGUUCUUCGAGGACAGCACGAACUACAAGGACUAGGAAGUUUCUGUUGUAUGACGUGAACCCAGGUGAAGGAUUUAACUUACGAAGGGAUGUUUACAUGAGGAUGGCACGUUUGGUGUCAGGCUUGAACAAUGCACAAGACACAGCUACUUGGACAUUAGUGCUUCCACCCUGGGGGCCCCUGUAUCAUUGGCGUAGCAGAGACGUUGGUUUCCAAGGGAAAAUUAAGUGGCAAGAAUUUUUCGACGUCGACAGUCUCGCAUCCUACGUGCCUGUCAUGGAAUUUGUGGAAUAUCGAGAAGAAUCUGGGCCAUGGAUUGACAGAGUAUAUUACUUACAACAUCAUAAUGAUACUUUCAUUUCAUCUGACUGGAAUGAAAAAUAUGAAGAACAGCAAUGUAUGGAAGACACACCGUACAUAGAAGAGGGCCCAAAGGAAUUUAGUGGUUGGUUCUGGGGGUACUCGGAUGUGUCUGCGAGACAUUUCAGCUGCCUCUCAGUGCAAGGAUAUACUUCAACAUUGAAGCCACUUAUCCUAGGCCUGACGAAUACAAGGUCUGUUAUGAUAGAUCGUGCUGAGGUUGUUCUUCACGAUGUUUUUGGAGAUGCUGUCUAUUGGAGGGUCAGGCAAAGCAUGCGUUUCUCCAAGACACUUCGGGACUUGGCAGAUAAAUUUCGCAGAGAAGUCUUAGACUCAGAUGAUGUGAAGGACAAUACAAGUUUGGACUUUGACUGGUCCACUAUGAAGAAUGCUGCAAGGUCUGCGAGAGGGGGGCCGUACUUAGCAGUCCACCUUAGACGGCAAGAUUACAUCAGAAGCCGGCCAUCAGACGUUCCAGACAUACAUCAUGCAGCAAAGCAACUGCUGGGGCUUUUGCAGCGCACUAAGCUUGAGAAAUUGUUUGUGGCUACCGACGGAACUGAGCAAGAAUUUGAGGACCUACAGUCUCUCAUCCCUUGUGCUGUAAAGUACCGUGCUCCAGAAGGCCAGAGAUUGAAGGAUGGGAGCCUCGCAAUCAUAGACCAGUGGAUAGCUGCCCAUGCCAGAUAUUUUGUUGGCAGCUACGAGUCUACAUUCUCUUUUCGUAUACAAGAGGAGAGAGAGAUCUUAGGCUUUCAUCCAGAUACAACUUUUAAUAGACUGUGUGGAAACAAGGAUGACAUGUGCUCUCAGCCAACAAGGUGGAUGAUAACUUACAAGUAAGGAUCUCAGCAUAACGAUUAAGCUCCAAAAUCGAGCUAAUUGCUGGGGCACGUAAUGAAAGACUGAGUGCCAAACUAUGUUGAAGGAUCACAGCUAUCCUGCAAGCUGUUACAAAAUAAAACAAGUUGCCUGCAAUUGACCUUUAUUCACAUUU